CCUGCUGUUUUAAACACUACUCGAACUCUAUUCACCUAGUCUGUCUGGGAUGGACGGUAAAAGCAGAUAAGCGGGAAAAAACAAGAAAUGGCUUCAUUUCUGCAGCAGUUGCGACUGCUAAUGUGGAAAAACUGUCUGAGUGUCUGGAGACAGCCGGUCUGGUCUCUAGCACUUAUUAUCUGGCCUCUAAUAAUCUUUAUAAUCCUAGCCAUCACCCGGUCUAAGUACCCUCCUGAAAAACAAUCUGCCUGUUAUGUGGCCCCUCGUAACCUACCCAGCACCGGCUUCUUUCCCUUCCUGCAGACGCUCUUGUGUGACGCUGACAGCUCUUGCAAGAACAGAUCACUUCAGCCACAGACUAGGAUGAUGUUCUCAAAAGGAUUAAACUGGAGCCCUGAAGAUGCCAAUUGGAUGGCCAGCUUUCCCUUAAACAGAGAGUUUUUUGACAAACUGGGCAUUGGUGGGGGACGAUCGGCUGAGCAGAGGAGCAGUUUGAAUUUACUGACACAGCUGGCUGACAUGCAUCACAUCUGGACCACAAUGAUAAAUGCUGAUUUCCAAAGCCUGGCAAACAUCACCUCCAUUAUUGACACACUCAACCAUUCAGUACUGAUUGAACAGGACGUGGUAAAUGAAAUGUUGGUCUCUGCUGACUUUCUGAAGAAGGUUUUGUGCAAUUACACUCUCCCCUAUGUCAAAAAGACUGGCAACAGUGCUGUGGACUUUAUGGGGGACAGUUACAUGACGUUCUGUCUGUCAAAUGGCCCUUUCCUAGAAGCAUGCCUCUAUACAAUGAAUCAGAUGUUCACAAGGGUUGUGAGGGAAUAUCCAGUGGAGGUUUUAAACACAAGUGUUCUAGUCAUGGGGGUGAUAGCAGAGCUGCAGAACAAGUCUGUUGUCUGGGAGACGCUGCUAGACUUGCCCUAUCUGUUCCUUCCUGGGAGUCUGGAUGAGAAAGUGCAGCUCGGGAUCAAACUGCUAGAGAAUUUGAACAGCAUACUGCAGAUUGUACAGAGUGGAUACCCCCAGGCUAAUAUCCCUGUGACGUACUUGACCCCCACCAUCAAUGAAACCAUUCAUUUCCUGCAGUACAUUCGCUACUGGCCCGGAAAAGAUGUUAAUAUUUCCCUGCAAAAUGUUCUCAGUGGACAGCCUCACGUAUCAACCAGCAAAGAACAAGGUCUGCUGGACACUGUUGUCUUUCCAUUAGACAAGGCACUUCUUCUGGUGGAUUUCAAUGCCUUCAGUUCUUAUGUCUGCAUGGGUCUUAAUGGAACUGGGGCCCCAACAGAAGACAGCCUGAACAGUCUCUGCGCAAACAAUGGACUGCUGCCUGUAUUCAAGAGGAUUGACAGGAACAAAGUGGCAGAGCAGCUCUUUCUGGUGUGGAGCCGGGAAGUCUCCAGGUUGGAUGUGUGCUUUGCUGUUCUCAGAGUGAACAACCUGCUGAGUCUCUUCCUACCGGGCAGUGAGCACAUCACCUCCACCCUCACCACCGCCGGCACGGUGCUCAGCGACUGGCUCCUGGCCGUUACCGACAGCGUCCUGCUGUCCAUGAACCAGACAACCAGGGAAAUAACAUUCGUGGACAUGACGACCGCAGUGCUGCAUACCCUGAGAGAGAUCCCAGGCUGGCCCUCUGUUCAGAGAGCGCUCGGGGUGGGAGUGGGGAUAAUGGAGUUCGUCACUGACCUCCUGAAGACACAGACAGAUUCUCUAGCACAGUUUAAUUAA